GUUAUUACAGCAUUCAAAUUAAUUCUUUCACAACUAGAUUAGAUAGAUUUGUGCUCCAAAUCAUUUAUAAUUUUUUGAAAAAUGAUAUAGAGAAUUAUUUAUAAGUAGAUAAUUUAAAACGUAUAUUAACAGUAGUUACUACUAUUAAUAGUAAAUAUUAUGUCUCGGAAUAAAACUUAAAAUAUAUAAAAUUUAACGGUUGCCAUACUUGUUUGAAUCACCGCGAAAUGAAUAACUUGAUAACCCACUGUACUACGUUGGUUUGAAUAUAACUUGGUGGUUAGAAUAGUGUGAAUCGAAUUAACUGAAAAAAUGAGUGAAACUGAUGGACAAAGACUAAGUUUAGGUGAUGGGGAUCAUGAUCCGCAUUUUGAACCUAUUAUAUCGUUACCUGAAGUUAAAGUGCCCACAUUAGAAGAAGAAGAGACUGUUUUGCAUAAGGUGCGAGCAAAAUUAUUCAGGCAUGACAAGGAUAGUAAAGAAUGGAAGGAAAGAGGAACAGGAGAAGCCAAGUUGUUAUUUAAUGAGCAAAAUAAAACUGUACGAGUUUUGAUGAGAAGAGAUAAAACGCUCAAGCUCUGCGCCAAUCAUUAUGUUACGGCAGAUAUGAUACUGAAACCUAAUUGUGGCAGUGAUCGUGCAUGGGUUUGGAGUACACAGGCUGAUGCUGCUGAUGGUUGUCCGAAAUCAGAGAUUCUGGCAAUGAGAUUUAUGAAUGCUGAUGCUGCCAAAAAGUGGAAGGAAAAAUUUGAAGAAGCAAAAUCACUUGUUCAGAAUAAAACAGUUGAAGAUGAAAAAAAGGAUGAUUCUGGUGAGAAAAAUGAUGAAGGAAUCAUUCUAUUUUAUAUUUCAGUAUCAACAUCUCCCUCAAUUAGUGAUGAUGAAGAUGACGACGAAGAUUCUGAAGUCAUAGAUAAAGUCCAAAGCCUAACUAUCAAAGAUGUUGAUAAUGACAGCAAGAAGGAAGAGGAUGUGUUAGUAAAGAAUGAUAGUAAUAAUCAUGAAGAAAAUAAUAAAACUGAGGAAGAAGUUAAACAAUAGCAGCAACAAUGUUUUAAUGCUUAAGUGUUUUUUUUUUAUUAUUAGAAAAAAAGGAAAGUAAAUGAGCAAAAUACUAGUAAUUUUUGGAAUAUUUAUAUUUUAGGUAAAUUUUAUAGCUAUUUUUAUACCUAUGAUGUACUUAUUUAUCUACAGAGUAAGAUUCUGUAAUGUGCCAAUAACUAUAAAAUGUAGCCUAAAAUGUUUUUAAUGGCAUGUUUGUUUGAGUUGAGAAUAUGUCUGUCUUAUAUAUUGUCAUUUGUGUUAUUUUUAUAAAGGCAAAUAAUAAAUUAAAAAAUAAUUUAAUACAAUUUUUGUAUUUGAAAAUUCGAUUAGUUCCUUUAAUGUUUGACUUAUAACUUCUAGUUAUUUUGAAAAUAAAUUGGGUUUUAGCCUUAUUAA